AUGUUGGGUUAUAAUGAGGAGCCGACACUCAUGCAUUUUCCUUGGAGGACAUUCCUAAUGGAUGGAGGAUUGUUUCCAGUCAGUAUCAACAACACAAUUAAUAUAAAUUACAACAUGCAGCUGUGCCUGUGCUGCCUGCGUGAUGCCGACCGAAGAGUUGCUCAUGGGGAGCUGGUGGCAAUGCAGUUUUUAAUGGAGGAUGUACUGCAGAACAGCUACGGCUGUGCUGUGGAAGAUCACGCUGACUGUCGAGCCUCGUUAGCUAAGAGCAAGCAGGUACCUCUGACAACUCUGUUUGGGACUGUACAGCUUCUGUGUAGGACUCCCAUUAGUUUUUGCAACCAAAUCUCUGUGAACAUAAGCGACCUCGACCUGAGGUGUGCCGUGAUAACCUCACCUACUCCUGGCCGUCUGAACAGCAAAAAGACGUCCAAACUUUUGCUGAGGCAUCACGAUCCUGUCAUAUCAUGCAGCUUGCUGAGAUCUUUUCUGAUACUAUGGAAGCAACUAGAAGUAUUAAAGGCAGAAUGGGGCAGGCUGAAGCUGAGGACUGAGGAUAUCAAUACAGUUCCUCUUUACAAAGAGUUUUGUGAGCAAUAUGGUGCAGACAUCCUGUACCCGGCCAUGAAAGCCAUAGUCAGACAAACAGGCACAGAGGAGGGGUUUGGAGAGCCCGUUACAAGCACUCAGCAUGUACUUCCCCCCAGAGGAGCAUCAGAAAUCGAAAUGAAAGUGUACCAGCUUCAAAAGCUUCUGGAAAGCCUAGAAAUCCACAUGAUCCAUGAUGUGCAGAAGAAAAUUAACCAGGAGAUGACUCUAGUGACAUCUGAAAGAGCCAGACAAGACAGCAGUCUCCCCACUGAGCUCUGGAAACACAGGGUAAUGCAAGAAAAUUUCUCAGUUGUACGACCACAGAUAGUUGAAACAUUUGUUCAAAGGCUGAUGGAAAACUACCAAGAAUCAGAUACAGAAGUUACUUUUACAAAAAGCCAUUUACAACAGUGUCUCUCCGUACUGGGCUGUGACAUCAUGGCCAGAGAGCGCAGCAACUUUGAGACCUACUCCAUGUUUUAUGAAAAUAUUCUCCAGCAGCAGCAUCGUUUGCUUUACCAAAAAGAACAAGAGCUGCACGCAGUGGAAGAAGGUGGCAACCAAAGUGAUAUGGCUCUGACGCAGAUUGUGGGGCUGUGCCAUGGCAUGAUUGUGGAAAUAACUGCCCUCAGAGCCCAGCUCGCUGACUUAGAGGAAGAAAAUCUUGGUCUCAAAGAGAAGAUUAGAAAAGAAGUACGGGAUGAAUAUGGAUCAUUAGUGCGGAACCUAUUUGUGACUUGUGUCCAUCUAAAAGGAAAGUUGGAUGUCUAUCGCCUUAGCAUUGAGCAACGAAUGUUUGAAAUCAUCAGCGAAGUGAGAAGAGAAGGAGUUGACAAUAUGAUUGAUCUGAAGAAAAAGUUUGGCUCCACUAAAAAUAAUGGUGACUUGAAAGAACGUUUGUCUAAAUCUGUUCUGAGUGAGACUAACACCAUGCUUUCUACACAGGUGAACAUCAGAGAGGUUGAACUUGGAUCUGAAGAGGAAGCUCUUCAAAACAAAAAAGAGUGUCUGAAUGCUAAGAUGAUGGCAGAACAAGAGGUGACUUCGCUUCAGGAUCAGCUCAUGUCUGUAAGGAAAGCUCUUGCAAAAUCUCGGGCAGACAAUGACAAGCUAAAGAAACAGCGACAUGAACAGAAACAAAUGCUGUUGGAAGUAGUACAGAGGAAGACACAAGAAGCCAAGAAGAGACAAGUACCCAGUGCGAUGAAAGCUGAAAACAUAGAGAAGAUGCUUGAAGGGAUGGAAGAAAAAGAGCAGAGAGUGAACUGCCUAACCAAGGAAGCUGAAAAAUCUUCUAAAACAUGCCAUCUUCAACAAAAAGGGGUCAAAAAAGAACUGCAGCAGAUAAGAAGCCAGUUAACCCAAGAGUGCAGUUUAAAAUGGGAGGCCUUCCAGCAGGUUGAUGAACUGCGGUGUCAAGUUUAUGACCUGGAAGCUGCAGUUUCUCAGAGGAAUGCAACUGCAGGUUCUGCAGCUCAGGUCCAGAGUAACAAGCUUUCAGGAUCCACUCAGCAUGGGGACUACCAGCAGCAUCCUUUGAAUUUUGACCCAAGAAGCAGCAAUGGAACAGAAGGAAACACUCAAAGACCAAAGACAGUGCCUAGCAGAUGGAAGGAAAGAACAGCAGAUAGGCUAUUACCACACCUAAAUGAAAAGUCUCUUCCUACUGUCUUCAUGCAGCUACGGAAACAAAGGCUGGUCUAG